AUGUCUUCCCACUUGCAAAGAAUCAGAUUACACCCAUGUGUCGCCAUCGUGGCCUGGACGGCCUUUUGUCACCCGGGAAUGUUUGGAGCAUUGAAUGGCUUAGGGGCUGCCGGAGAAGAAACGGCAUCCUUAUCGAAUGUUGUAAAUGCGGUGACAUUUGGUGCUCUCACGGUUGGUGGGUUCUUCACUGGUAUUAUCUGCAACAAGAUCGGUACCAAGUGGACGCUUGUCCUUGGGACAUUGGGCUAUGCCCCUUAUGCAGCGGCUUUAUAUACGAACGCAGCAUUUGGCAACAAGCAAGUCUUUCCCUAUGGUGUAUUUCUGUGGACAGCAUCCGGAGCCAUCAAUCUCGUGUAUCCUCCCGUCCAGGAGCGUGGUCGGGCAGUGGCUACCAAAUUCACUCUUCAGAAUUUUGCCUCGUCUUUGGGUGGCAUGAUAUCCCUCGGCCUCAAUAUCCGUCAAUCUCAAGCCGGACGAGUUUCAGACUCGACAUACUUUGUUUUCAUAUCUAUUAUGGCACUUGGACUGCCCGCGGCAAUGACCAUCCCUCAGCCACAUCAAGUCGUUCGUGGAGACGGGUCCCGCGUGAGCGCUCAUCGGUUCCAAUCGUGGAAAGGGGAGCUUGCAGGUCUUCGUCGAACAUUAGGGCUAAAGAGCUUUCAUAUCCUCCUUCCAUUCUUAAUAUACUGGCAAUGGGAUCUAUCCUAUAUGUGGACUUGGAAUGCCCAGUACCACAGUGUCCGCGCUCGUGCUCUCCUUAGCACGCUUUUCUACUUGGUUGGGCCAACUUUCAUUGGGCCUCUCCAGGGCUAUCUCCUUGAUAAUGCCAGAUGGAGCCGUAAAUCGCGUGCUCGCGUUGCUGUUGUCAGCUUUACAAUUCUAACACUUUUAACUUGGAUCUAUGGUCUUGUCGUCCAAUACCAAUACGAUAAGCAGACUACAAUCAUAGACAUUACAGACCCAGUGUUUAUCAAAUCCUGCCUGCUCUUUAUCUUAUACGGGCUAAUUGAGAACUCUGCAAUGGUUACUGGUUAUUGGAUUAUUGGCUCACUCGGUCUUGACCCCGGCAGCGUUGCCACCUUCGUUGGACUUGCAACGGCCAUUGGCUCAGCCGGAUCAACAGCAGCAUUUAUUCUUGGGGCAUGCAAUGUCUCUUUGAUUUGGCAGUUGUGGGCGAAUGUUAUAACUUUCCUUGUCAGCGUACCUGGACUACUGUACACGGGCUUUAACCUUGUCACCGAGGAUGCGGUUAUCGAUGCAGCAACUACACACGUGGACUGGAUUGAUACCGCAGAAACAAAUGAGGCUAUCUCUACUCGUGAGAAAGAUAAUGUUCACUCUGUUACGGAGGCCUCUCUUAGUAGCUAGCAUACUACGCAAUUUCUACAAGCGCCGUCUGGCUGGGUUGCAAGGGAACUUCAUAUAACUUGGGCACUUUUGAGAGAUAAUGCCACCGCACAUUUGGGCAAUGCUGUUGCGUGUCUCACUGCUCGACUUGUGGCCUCUCCACUAGGCCCAAUACAGUAUCUAGAGAUCAUCCCGCCGUUUGCUCUCGCCACGAUUGCAUUUGCCUAUGUCUUCGACAUUGCCAAUCAGAUCACAUCAAUAGAAGAAGAUAUCAUCAAUAAGCCCUUCCGACCCAUUCCCGCUGGGCUACUGACCAAAGAGGAAGCAUCACGGCGCUGGUUCCUCAGUUGGUCUCUGCCCGCUAUCGCAGUUUUAUGCAUUUCGGGGCGCGAUGCAGCUGUAUAUUUGGUCAUCUGGCAGAUUUGGGUGGCAUUACAUUAUUCCUGGCCCAGAUUCAAUCACUGGUUGAUGCGCAAUGCUUUCACUGCUGUGGGGGCGACAAUCCAGCUGAAGCUGCUUGACGCUGUGAUCAGCCAUGCGGUUCCGACAAUCCAAAUGGUUCCCCACCUCGAUAUCCUACUAUUCCUGUGGUUUGCCCUUACCAUCCAUGUCCAGGAAUUCCAUGAUGUGGAAGGCGACCGCCAACAAAAGCGACAAACACUGCCGUUGAUUCUACCACCGAAGGCAGUAGACCUCCUACGGGCAGGCACAGGACUUCUCAUCAUCACCGAAGCUUGUGGGAUUCUAGUCGAAGUGUCUGUUCUCUGA